UCUACAAAAAAGAAAAAUAUAGAGUUUAGAAAUAUUUGGAUGUCGUAUCUGCUUUUUUAAAAAUUAUUUACGAAAGUUAGAUUUUCAAUAAAAGGUGAGGAUUUUCCGUGUCCGUGUCAGCUGGACAUUUUCGUGAAUUUUUCCAAAGAUAUUUUUCUUUGUACAACAGAUUUUUGUAAGGGACUGUACUGUACUUUUGUUAUGUCCACCACUUGUCAGAAGACAACAUUUAUAAUAUGGGCAUUUUUUCAAACAUAUGUUGACAUUCGCAAAGAAAGAUGCGCAUUUAUUUUUGCAAAAAGAUAUUCAAACAUGUAAAAAGUGAGACUUAAAUUUUCGUGACAUUUUUCAAAUGUCAACGAAAAAAUGUAUUACAUUUUUAUUCUGCUACUCUGGAUUUCUCUUAUCGACGGCUACAUUAUCAACGGCAAUUUUUGUGAAUACACAUGUAAGAUGAGGUACGAUAAUAAAGCAAUAGCUGUUAAACAAAAGGGAAACGGAAAUUUAUGCGGUUUAGAUAAUAUACCAGAGGACAUUACAAUGGCUGUAAUGGUAGAUGCUGAAGGUUUAUCUACUAAAGGCAUUGUAAAAGUCAGCUUCAGUCUUCCCAAAACAGCUUGUAACUAUAAAGUUGCUCUAGUAGUGAAUUCCUCGAUCAACAGUCAAGAUGAAUGUAAAAAACAUGAGUUUAAUGCCCACGGACUAAAUGCAGAAGAGAUUCAUACAGUAGACAAGUCCUACUGCAUUAUCAAUAAUAAAUUUGAUAAUUCUUAUGAUAGUCAAGAAUUAGAAGUACCUUUUUGUCAAGAUGCCAAAAAUCCCGAUCAAAAACUUUCCAUUUGGUACGAGAGUGUUUACAGUGGAUGUUAUGCUCUUCGUUUCAAAAUCGAUGACCUAAAAGUGGUAUAUAAAGGGCAUCUUUUUAUGACCACUGAUCACCAACGUGCUCAAAUAAACGUGCCCCAAUUUCGUUGCAAAUACACUUCUCUUCCGGAAGAGAAUUCAAGUUUUGAUACUUUGAUGUUUACAACAAGCACUUCGAAUGUUGUACAAUUUAAAGGUCUGCAUCAACAAAUUACAGUAUUAUCCGAUUCAGACGAAGACAAGGAAAAUGCUUGUGUCAAGUACAAUAAAAAUUCCAUCUUUACACAUAAAAUUUACACUGACAGAGCCAAUGCAACCGCAGACAAUUGUACCAUAUCGGUUGCCGGAAAUUCUAAUGGGGUCAAUGUCGAAUGCAAUUUUGAGGUACGUACUUUUAAGAAUGCUGGAUAUUGCGUUGUGAUUAAUGUCCUCGACGAAAGGUGCAAAAAGAAGACAGGAUGGAAUGCGCCCAUCCAUACAGCCCCCCUUCCGUGUGUCUGGGUUCAAAACUGUAUCAGUGUUACGACAAAUCAUUCAGAUGUCGUUUACGGUGGUAAUUUACCACAACACGAAAAUAUCAUUACCUCUGAAUUUCUAUGCCUCCCACUUGUUACCAUUACUUUACUGGUAUUUUUAGCUACAGUAGGAAGCAUAUUUUGCAUCUGUAGAUUGCGUUCAAGGAAUUCUAAAUGCAACUCCAGUACGUGUUCCAUAGAUUUGAAAGAGGAAGUAGACUCAAAAUGUCUUGAAGUCGAAGAGUUCAAAUACCAAGACGAUUUGAAGAAGGAAAAAGCAAAUGUAAAAGACAUCGUUCUACUGUACACUAAAGAAUCUAAGACUUUUAUGAAGACGAUGUCUGAUUUUCGAAAUGCCUUGGAGCGAUGCGUCAAAUGCCAUGUAUAUGAUUGGCAUGCGCCAGAAGAAUGGGAUAAUGUGGCUACUGUUGGUGGGUACGAGUGGGUUGCAAAACUUCUCAGAAAAGACUGCCGCGUUGUUUGGAUAGAUACUGCUAAAGCGAGAUCGUUAUUCGCAUCACAAUACAUUUUAAUUAAUACCAAAUUCGCCCGAAAUGCGAAAGCGGAAAAGUUUGCCGAUUUUCGCGAUAGCGUUUUUCCAGCCGUUGUUGACUUGGCCAAACGAAGUUUACAGCAUAUGAUGAUGCAGUACUCGAAGCAUUACGUUGUAAGGAUCGAAGGGUUUGGGAAUCUGGAUGAAACAAGCGAUCCAUUUGCUGAUAUUUCGCCUCAUGUUCGAUACAUCAUACCCCAUCAUCUUCGAGAGCUGUGCUUUCAUCUAUCGAUGCAACUAUUAUCACCAGAAGAAGAAAUACAAUCAGAGGAAACGCGCUUGCGCCAGAAUUUAAUUAUCAAUGAAGGAAACCAAGAUGACCUCAGUUUGUAUAAAAUAUAUUAAGUCUCUUUAAGUACAAUCUUUUGCAACUGUGUUCUGAACUGACUAUAGACAACAGGCACUUGAAAAAAAGGGUAUCGAACUACCAUCCUCUCGUGUUUCGAUUUACAUACUAGUUAUUUCCAGUAAUUAUAAUAUGUCAUUAAUCUUUAAAUCAGCGAGUACCUAAUAAUUACUAUUGUACAGAUUUGCAAGUAUUUGAAUAUGUUAACCAUGGCCGAAUGACUUUGUUAUUUUCUUGUGGAUGAGCUACUAGCAUAGCACACUUAAAAGAAUAUGGGUUUUCCUAAGUUGUAAAUACUAUGAUACUUUAAUAAUUAAUUAUCGCCAUCAAA